UUUUAUCUUAUUUUGAAAGGAGUCUAAGGUAUUUGACCACAAUUUUAGGAGUUUUAGAACCCAAUUUUUGGCCCAAUUCAGAUUAGCCCAUUAAGUGCAAUACUUAACACCCAUCGAGCUGAACCCUAAGGAGACCGAUGGCUGCCUUCUUCCUCAUCUGAACACACCCUUGAAACCCGUCAGCUCCCACACAUAAAUGACCACCCUAAACCGCCGCCCAAGCUGACUCCCAUCUCAUUUUCUCACUGUCACGCCACCAGCAGAACCCUGGACACAAGCAGCCGCCGAAGACCCCUCUUCUCUCAUCGAACCAGCCAUCUGAACCCUCCGUUCCUCCAGCCAUCGUCCCACCAAACAACCACCCAAUCCCAUCCUCGUCACUCUCUAUAGCCGCUGUUCAAACCACAGUUCGCACCAGCGCCGCUACUCCUUACUCCACCACUCUCUGCCACCCAGAAACAGCCACACACGCAUGCACAAUCGAGAACAGGGGCAAAACAGAGGCAGCGAACGAGAGGAAUUAGCAGCACGCUAUCGUUUCCCUCCCGCUCCAAGCGAAUCAGAUCGUGAAUGAGCCAUGGUCUAAUUUGAUUUCGUCAAGGUUGCCGACGAGGAUUUUCGGUCAAGGUUUUGGUUCAAUCUCUACUGUAAAGAUCAAUUUAUAGUCAAGUUAUUCUUGGUCUUCUCAUUAAUCAAAUAUAGAAGUGUUGCUACAAAAGAGGGUGGUUAGUUUGUGGCACUUUGGUGAUUCGUCCAUACAAUACCAGAAAGCACAAGGCAGUCAUGGCUAGCAAAGGCAUGGACACAGGAGUUGUUGACCCGUCGAGGGAGGUUGAGAAGUCGGAAUCUGAAUUGAAGGAGGAGGUCCAAAGGUUGAAACAACAGAUGGCAGAAAUGUAUCAGUCUUGGAUCAGGGGGCAUCAUCCACCUUCAUUCCCCACUAACUACACAGAAAACCCUGCAACUAUCUCACCAUUAUCACGAGCCCAGGUUCCCACUACCGUUGACCCUUCCCCUCAACAUGCACCGGGCUUUACCCCUUACCACAAUUUCCCUGGCAGCUCCUCCCAAAUUUUCCAUGCUCCACCAGCCAAAAUGACCUCAUACCCUGAUCAGACAUCUUCUCCGAUUUUUGUAGCUCCUCCACCAGCUACUCUUCCUCGAUCCUCUAGCGAGAUUGUGUUCAAAGUCCCUGAUGCCCAAGGAAAGAUACCCAAGGAAAGUUGUAGGGCAUUUUGGUUUAGAUGGAACGAACAAGUUGCUCGGGUCAGUUCUCUGAUUGAUAGAAAAGAUGGUGUUGGGCCCCGCCAACAACAGAAUCUAGUAGGAAACCCUUCUAAAUGCUUUCAGCCUCAAUACCGACCCCAUAAAUAUCCUCAUACUCCAGAUAAUCCUCCCCAAUGCUACUUUCCUCCAUAGAAUCCCCAAAGUCAUACCUCACCUCCCCAAUACUCUAUCCAUGAUGCACCGUCAUAUAUUCCACACUCACAAAAACCCGCAACGGCUUGCACCACCUCCACAAAUGUCUUACCCACCUCUACAAGUAUAUCAACCCCUACCCGAAAGAGGUUCCAACCAAGACUGGAGUACAAAAUAAGAAGGCAACAGCAAAGAGAAAAGUCUUUUGCUCCAAUCACAAAAUCUUAUGCAAACUUGUUUGAGAAAUUAAAGCAUUAUGACCUAAUUGCACCUAUUUCUCCGAAUCAUGUGGACCCGCGUGCAAGAAGGUUUGACCCUUCUAAAAGGUGUGAAUACUAUUCCAAUGCUCAGGGGCACAAUGUCGAAAGUUGUCGGGAUUUUAAAAGGGAGAUAGAAAGAAUGAUUCAAGAAGGGAUAAUUGUGGUCCAGGAUAGUGACACUCAGAACAUUUCACAGAAUCCUUUACCUGCACAUGAUGAUGUACACUUUGUGGGGAAGAUGCAUGGUGAUAAGGAGUAUGAGAAUCCUCUUGGGAACUUGCUGACUGAAGUGAAUGAUAUUGAAAUUGGUGAAGAUCCCAGUAAUUUUGAUGUGCAACCCGGUGGCUAAGACGUCGAGUUUGGUAAUUGGAAAGACACUCCUUUCUUGGCUAGCCAGGGAGGAGUUUUGGUGGUUUAUUUUGUUGUCAUUUCUGUUGUCCAGGUUAUUUCGGGGUUGUACUUCGGACAUUGUCUUGUGGCUCAAACCUUUCUUCUUCU